AUGGCGACUGCUCUCUUUAUGCCUAUUAAAGUCGGUACAUCUCUCUUGAGUCACCGUGUUGUUCACAGUCCUAUGACUCGUCUUCGUGCUGAUUCUGAACAUGCUCCCUCUCCUCUGAUGGCUGAAUAUUACGAGCAGCGUGCUUCUGAAGGUGGUCUAAUCAUUGUAGAAGGCACAUUUAUUAACGAGGAGAACGGUAUUUUUCCUUUCGCCCCGGGUAUCUACAAUGACAAACAAAUCGAGGCGUGGAAAGUUGUAACCAAGGCUGUCCAUAACAAGGGUGGAAUUAUAUAUCUCCAGCUGUGUCACCCUGGUCGUGCAGCUCCAUCUAUUUUUAUUCCUGGAAAAAGGGCUCCUGUCUCUUCAUCUGCAAUUUCAAUCAACGGAAAAAACGCUAUUGGAGCAACGUAUGAUGUACCUCGCGCCCUUGAAGUUGAAGAGAUCUCCAAAAUCUCACAGGCAUUUGCUCAGGCUGCCAAGAAUUCUAUUAGUGCUGGAUUUGAUGGUGUCGAGAUCCAUGGUUCAAAUGGGUUUCUUAUAGAUCAAUUCAUUAAUACCUCGUCAAAUACGCGCACGGACCAGUAUGGCGGAUCUAUCGAGAAUCGCACCCGUUUUGCUCUGGAGGUCGUAGAAAGUGUCACCAAAGCUAUCGGAGAUGAUCGCACCGGAAUUCGUCUUUCGCCUUGGUCUGGGUACCAGGACAUGAAGGAUGACACACCAUAUAAAACCUGGGGAUAUAUUUCCAGCAAAAUUCAAGAAAGAUACCCUAAGAUGGCCUACCUACACUUUAUUGAGCCUCGUGAUGAUUAUAUCAGCGGUCCUAACCCUGGAGUAGAUAGAAUGAAGAUUAUCGAGAACGACACAAUUGAGCCAUUCCGUAAAGCAUGGAAGGGUCCAUUUAUUACUUCCGGCGGAUACACUACUACUCCUAAGCGUGCAUUUGAGACUGCUGAACAAUCGAAUAAUAUCCUGGUUUCUUUUGGCCGCUCAUUCGUUGCAAAUCCUGACCUUGUUCUUCGUCUUAAGAAUGACUGGCCCCUCAAUAAGUAUGAUCGCUCUACAUUUUAUGGAGGAGACAGCACUGGAUACACUGAUUACUCUUUCUAUAAGUCUGAUACAGAUAAUGAUAUCACGAAUUAA